AAAGUCGGGGUGACAGGUCCACCAGAUCCUCAGAUGCGGUGUCCGUCAGUUAUUGAAUUUGGCAAGUUUGAAAUCCAGACGUGGUAUUCAUCUCCCUACCCCCAGGAGUACAGCAGACUACCCAAGCUGUACCUGUGCGAGUUCUGCCUGCGCUACAUGAAGAGUCGCAGCAUCCUCUACCAGCACAUGAAGAAGUGCAACUGGUUCCACCCCCCUGCCAACGAGAUCUACAGGAAGGAUGAUGUCUCUGUAUUUGAGGUUGAUGGGAAUGUGAGCACGAUCUACUGUCAGAACCUUUGUCUGCUGGCCAAGCUGUUCCUGGACCACAAGACCCUCUACUACGAUGUUGAGCCCUUCCUCUUCUACGUCCUGACACAGAACGACGGCAAAGGCUGCCACCUCGUCGGCUACUUUUCAAAGGAGAAGCACUGUCAACAGAAAUACAAUGUAUCAUGCAUCAUGAUUCUUCCACAGUACCAGCGCAGGGGCUAUGGACGCUUUCUCAUCGACUUCAGCUACUUAUUGUCAAAGCGUGAGGGACAGCCUGGCUCUCCAGAGAAGCCUUUGUCGGACUUAGGUCGACUGUCCUACAUGGCCUACUGGCGCAGCGUGGUGCUGGAGUGUCUCCACGAUGUCCGCGACCGGCAGAUCGCCAUACGACAGCUCAGCAAACUGACAGGGAUCUGCCCGCAGGACAUCACCACCACUCUGCACAGCCUCAACAUGCUGGAGCAGCGAGAAGAGAGACUCGUCCUGGUGCGAAGGGACAAGCUGGUGACGAAUCACAUGACUCGUCUCAAGGCUCGGCCGCGGCAGCUUGAGGUUGACCCCGAGUGUCUGCGCUGGACUCCCGUUAUUGUAACCAACACCGUGGUCUCUGACGCUGAUGGAGAUGAUGAUGAUGACGAGGAGGAUGAAGAACCCAAGAAAGACAACCACAAGGAGCACAUCAAACCAAUUCACAAGGUCCCCCCAAUGUCCUGGCACAUGCGCCAACGGAAGAAAAGGGAUGAAGAGGAGGAGGAUGACGAUGAAGAAGAGGAAAGGAAGGACUUUUUGGGGUUUCCCCUUAGCCAAAGCUCUCCAACUUCCCCUCCCAUCCGCUGUCCACCCCCUGUCCAAGAACCACCACGACCCCCUCCGCCAACAAAUGGAGAACGCAGACCACGGGGACGCCCACCCAAAAACUGGCCUUGGGGCAAGGUGAAGGACAGCACAAGGGUUGGAAGGCCACCUAAGAUUCGCCCUGUGGAGGAUGAUGACGAUGAAGAUGAGAGAACAGAGGGAGGAAAGGCCACUAGCUCUGCCACCGGCCCCCCCUCCCUUUUCUCCCUGGACAGACAAGAGUCUACAGCCUUUCACUCACUGGACAUGGCCCGACACCCCUCCAUAACCCCCACACGAAGAGGACGGCCCCCGCGGAAAAAGACAGGCCCAAAGCCCAGACUAAGUGAAGGGCCUGGUGAGGGGCUGCCACAGCUUCCUUUGGUUUCCAGGUUAAAUGAAUCGCCACCUGUCAGGAAGAGCUGCUUCAGUGAAAGCAGUGAAGAGGACGACGACGACGAUGAAGAUGACGAUGACAGGAGGGCAUGCUCCCCACCCAUCCUCACUAAGCCUGCUAUGGGGCUCAAAUGCAAGAAGCCCCUGAGGAAACGCCGCUUUCGCCAGCGCAGCCAUCCUCACAGCAGCGUGGUGACAGAGACCAUCUCUGAGACCACGGAGGUUCUGGACGAGCCUUUUGUAGACUCAGACUCAGAGAGGCCUAUGCCCAGGUUAGAGGAGGAGACACCACUGGGCCACCCACUGCGCCGUUACCCCCCAGCUCGCUCUACAUUGAGGUUGUCAGACCCAGCACCCAAAAGAGGCCGGCACUCCAACCUCUCAGAUUCAGAGGAAGACGAUCUGACACCUGUGCUGAAGCCUGUGGCUGCUCUGCCAGCAACUCCAUCAAAGACUCUAGCAGCCAACUCUGAGGUCCCAGUGAAGAAGAAGAAAGGCUGGCCCAAAGGAAAAAGCCGCAAGCCACUGCACUGGAAGAAACGGGGACCUGGUAAACCACCUUGUGGAGGGCCCAGCCAGAGAGGAGCUGCAGAUAACCAGGCCUUAAGCGGGGAUCCCCCACCCCCUAAAAUCAAGAUGAAGCCUGGCCGAAAGCCCCGCAGCUGGUACCUGCAGCGAGCCCAGGAAGAGGCCGAGAGGCAGGAGCAGGAAAGACAAAGACUGUUGGAGCAGCAGCUUGACAAAGACCCUCAGCUGCUCCAGAAAGACGAUCGUAACAGCAAGAGAGUCUGCUUAACCAGCACUGACAGAGACAACAAACACAAAGACUCAGACGAAGAGGACGACUAUCUACCUAAGCCUGUUGAGCAGAAGGUGCCCAAGAGGCGAGGGAGACCUCCCAAGAACCGUGCCCUCUGCCAGCCGCCACAGCCUGCCCCUAAACCCCCUCCCACCUCAGAGCCAGAGGAGGAAGAGGAGGAGGACGAAGAGGAGGAGAAUGAAAGAGCCUGGGAGGAGGACAAACCGAGCCGUCCACCGUCCCGUCCCCUGCUGUCCCCUUCAUCCUCCUCUUCCACAUCAGGGCCCAGGGCCCCACAGUCCCGGCCUCAGGACACAGAUAUGGGCGACAGGGAAGAAGAUGAUGAUGAUGAUGAGAGGGAGGAAGAAGAGUGUGGCAGCAUAGGCAGCGUUAGCAUCAACAGACGAACAGCAGUCACACCAGGUUCAGGAAGCAGGCGCAGUGAAGACCACGAUGCAGACGAUGAAGGUGAUGGACACUUGGAGGAAAAGAGCAACAGCAGCAACAACAGCAAUAAGAAAAGAAAGAGUCAGGACUCGGAAGAUGACGACGAUGAUGAAGACGAGGAGGAGGAGCCUGCCUCCAGGUCAAGCUCUCCUCCAGUCAAAGAAGAACCCCAAGGUGGAGAGGCUUUUUUAGACAUGGAGAACAGCGUAGCCCGGGACUAUGUCAGCAAGCAGGAGGAGGAAGAAGAAGAGGAGGAGGAGGAGGCUGAAGAGUGUCGGCCCUCCUCAGCUGACCCGCAGCAGGAGGAGCGGCGGCGCAGAGAGCAGGAGGAGUCUGCUGCGGCUGCUGCGGCAGUGGAGACAGUCACAGCUAUGUCUGUUCCCUCUGAGCCCAUGGAGCUCCAGCCUCUGCACCCGGACGACAAGGUGGUCACGCUUUUGAUGGAACCCCAGCACACACACCCACACUCCCACCCUCACCAGCAGUCUGACUUCAAAGAGGAGCUGAGCCACCAUCACCCACACCACCCCCACCACCACUCUAACGAGCUGGACCUGGAGACUAUGCAGGCCGUCCAGUCCCUCACGCAGGGGGAAGCCCAGGACGAAGAGACUGAGCCCCAACCACACCACGGGGCUUACCAGGACUGUGAGGAGACUCUAGCUGCCUGCCGAACCCUGCAGAGUUACAGCCACACAGGGGAGACGGAGGAGGAGGCCCUGGCCUUAGUGGAAGAGUGUGGGGCCCCCCAGCACAGCAGUCCCCUCCCCAAUCCCCCUGUACCACCCCUACCCAGUCAGUCUGUGCGCUCGGUGAACAGUCCGGGUUUGCCCUCAGGUAUCAUGGACACAACAUCAGCUGGGCAGAGGGGAGGGACACCUAUCCCUCCGGGAGCAGGGGGCAAUGGUGGAGGUGCUGGAACAGGUUACACCCAAAUUACACCGGAGCAUCCUAGCUCUCUGUCUGCUCCAUCCCAGCAGAACAUGGAGACGUCGCCGAUGAUGGACGUGCCAUCUGUAUCGGACCACUCGCAGCAGGUGGUUGACAGCGGCUUCAGUGACUUGGGCAGCAUAGAGAGCACCACAGAGAACUAUGACAACCCCAGCAGCUAUGACUCCACCAUGGGUGGAGGGGGUAAUGGAACAGGGAAUGGGGGAAACGGAGGAGGAAUGUCAGCUGCUGUUGUUGCAGGAGCUUCCACAGCUUCUUCGUCUUCAGCCUCCUCUUCUUCCAGCUCGGCAACACCAUCCUCCUCCUCCCAGUCCAACAGCUGCUCCUUUGUGCCAGCCCCCACCCUCACAUCACCCACAGGUACCGGAGGAGCCCAGCUAGCGAUGGGCAGCUGUAGCCUCAUUCAGCAAACAGGACCAGGGCCCAACAGUGGGCCAGGGGCCAGUAACGUAGGCAGCGGUGUGCCCCAACCCCCACCACCAUCCAACACCCCCAGCUGUGGCAUUAAGUCUCCUCAGAGCUGUGGUGUUAUUGAAAGGCCUCCCAGCACCAACCAGCAGCAGCAGCAGCAGUCCCAAAAAAAGGUUCCUCAGCAGCCUACACAGCAGCAAGCCCCCAACCCUCAGCCUCCACCCUCAGCACCGCCACCACCACCACAGCAACAGCAGCAGGCCUUGUCCCAGUGUAGCAUGGGUAACGGCUUUGCCUCCACGCCCAUGAUCAUGGAGAUACCAGAGAGUGGAGGUGGAGGAGGAGGCCGCGCCCUCUAUGAGCGCAUGGGCCAGGAUUUUGGCACAGGAGGCUACCCACAACCCUCUGCAACAUUCAGCUUGGCCAAACUCCAGCAGCUCACCAACACCAUCAUGGACCCCCAUGCCAUGCCCUACUCUCACUCAGCCUCAGUCACCUCCUAUGCCACAAGUGUUUCUCUGUCCAACCCGGGGCUGGCCCCUUCACCCCACACUCCUCUCCCUCAGGGCCAGCCAACUAUGACGCCACCUCCCAACCUUAGCUCUGGCUCCAUGAAUCUAGGCUCCUUGCAGCUGCAGUGCAACAUGCCCACCACCAACAUUGGCCUGGGGCCCCCACCACACACUCAGAGGCUACAGGGCCAGAUGGCUACAGUCAAAGGCCACAUUUCCAUACGGUCCAAAGCCACCCAGCAGCUUGCCCCAGCCCCACACCAGCAGCAGCUCUAUGGCCGCAGCUCAGGGGCCGUGGCCAUGCAGGGCACGCCACGCACCUUGGCCGUGCAGCGUGGCAUGAUGCCAAAUCUCAUGCCCACACCGGCACCGUACAAUUCCAUGAACAUGACACCCCUGAACGCCAUGUCUGCCGGCUACCGAAUGCCCCAACCCAUGAUGAACAGUGGUUAUCACGGCAAUCCCCCUUACAUGAACCAGCCAGCUCAGUACCCCAUGCAGAUGCAGAUGGGCAUGAUGGGAGGGCAGGGUUACCCACAGCAGCCUAUGCAGCCCAAUCACCACGGCAACAUGAUGUACACCGGCCCCUCCCAUCACAGCUAUGCUGGUGUCCCAAAGCAGUCACCGUACAUGAGUAGAUGAGCAGCCAGGAACUGAAAAAGGAGACACUCGGCCAGAGCUGAUUCUUGCUGUACUCUCAAUGUACAAUACUCCUGUUAACCCUCUCCGGUGCCUCGGGGGGGUACCAGGAAGAGCGGGUGAAAGAAACAGAGAGGGUCCUGUGGGGUUCCUGUUUUUCUAUGUUGACAUUUCGUCCCCUUUUAUUUGGGCUCGUCUCCCCACCCCUUCCAGCUGGCUGUGUAUGGGAGCAAGUCUGAAGGGUUUCUUGCUCGGGGUGUGUACAUGGACCACGACAGUGCCAUGCUGCUUCGUGUCAGGCCUACACAGUCGGCAAACGUGGCAUCACACAGACGCAGGAGUCUCCACCUCCUCAUCAAGUGCAGGAGGAGAGACGGGGAGUACAAGAACAACGAGGAAAGACAAAUCAGGAAUACCUUGCUUUGUCAGACUGCGAAUCAAAACUGAAUAUAUUCAAACAUGCACACAAUCUUUUAAUUAAAAUAGGAAGCCUUACCUUGAAAAAAGAAAGACAGUGAAACAUAGUAGGCGGAUUCUUGUCUUGUUUUGUUUUGUUAAACAUGAUGUUAAAUCUUAUUUUUGUUGUCGAUGUUUUUGUUGAUUGUUUUUUUAAAAACUUGUGUGCAGUCAGACCUCUUAUAUGCUUUGGUCUUUAUAUGUGCAGUGAUAGACCCUCGUGCUCUCUCAGAAAUACCCAGACAUCUCUGCAGGCCACCCGGUCACACAGCUUUUCACCUGGUUCCAGAAAAGCAUAGGAGCCAAAGCCUCCGGUGUGUGAGCUGUUUUUUAGAGUCUCUGUCUUCCUGGAAUGGACAGUGUUGUUGUACCAAAACACAGCAAAGACACAAAGGAGACGAGCGCGUUACUGUCCAUUUUAUGUCCAUAAAUUAAACAAGUAGCAUUAUUUUCCAGUUUGCCGCCACUCGUUUAGAUGUAAAUAUUCUGGUACUUCCCAAUAUCCAGCACACACACACAUACACACACACACACACACUGGCUAGCUGUCGCCAACUGGUGGCUGGCUCAGGAAGCAUUCAGCUGUUCCACACUCCACUGACAGUCGGUGUACAACGUCAGCCUUUUUUUUUAGCAGUUUAGGAAAUGCAGAACAAACGGUGGGAUUCCCAUUGAACUGCUUUAAAGGAAACUAUAGCUGACUUCCCCUCCUUAAGUGUUAGUGACCCAAAGAGGUCGAGGAGUCUGCUUUUGAAUGGUGUAUUCUGUUGAUACUGUAAUUUUUUUUGUUCUUUUUUUGCAAAAAUCUGCACUCCAAUUGGCUAGAAACGUGGCAGUAAGACAGUAUGCCUUUUAUAAAAGGUGUGCUUAAAUGCCUGAUCUAGUGCAUGGACUGGCCCUCGCAUAGAGAGGCACACUCUACACAUGAAAGCAGGGUCAGAG